AUGCUCCAUAUCUACGGCGUCCAUAUGAUCUUCUUAUACUGGGUUCUGCUCUUUUUGUUGAUUGUUCCUGACUCUUAUCCAACCGGAAUUCCAUCUGUUUUACUAGCGGAGCGAUGGCCGGAUGUUUCCAACGAAGCCCCAACCUGGCACCAGGAAAUACAUGUUAGCGGAGAAAUGAGCUACGGAAGACUGCUUCAGGUAGCUCGUCGUCUCUGGCGGUCAGUCGCGGCGGACAACGGCCGGUCUAAUCGCAGACUCUGUAUGACCUCCACAGGAGCGUGCUUUGUCGCGGCACUAUAUGUUCCAUCGUCACCCCAGGAAACGCCCGCUGGGAGUCUUGACGGAUGGAUCUACGCCUCUACAGUUCCCCGAGGAAGGCGUGCCGAUGUCAUGAAGUACAUCGUGAGUGAUGCAGUUGACGAGGAUGGCCUAGGCGUCAACGGCGGCGACUUGGUAUGGUGGAAGUCCGCUCGGGGGAACUGGAGAGGGUGGCGCGGUACAACCUUUCAUGCCGAGGAUGGAUGCUUUUUCAAUUACGAAACCUCUGGCCGAGCGUGGUUUCCCGGCAGCAGUCAGACCAUCUAUCCACAUGGCUCCAGAAUUGCGAUAUGGGGCGUAUACGAUCAUCCUCGUCUGACAGACACAGAAUGGCAGACAGGCAGGGAGAUUUUUCCAUGUCGACCACAUCCCGAUCGCAUGGAUAGAGGAAGGAACCCGAGUUGUUUGGAGGUCACUAGUGAUUUGGCAAUCGCGGUUGGGAAUUCCCCUUUACCACAACGACGACUGCCAUCCAGUUAUAGCGGUUCGUGGGGCGAAGAGCGAUGGGCUCGAGUGUUGCGAUGCGCGGAGCAGCGCAUGCGAGCGCACCAAAGGCAUCGACAGAGCCGCAAAGUUAGAGAUACCAGUUUCGAUUCCUCGGGAGCUUGUGCAUAUACAGCCUGGCCGGAUCAAGAUCCAUUCAGAUGGGAGGAAACCAGUGAUGACUGCUAG